AUGGUUUUGUUUUCAUCACUCAAUCCAACGAGAAGUGAUGACCAGAGGAAUGAAGAGUCGAUUGGAGACCAAGAAGUGGUCAUUAAAUCGGAAGACAAUCACAACAACGGUUCCAGUGAUGAGGAAAUGUGUGAAACAUCUCAAGACAUUCACUCAACGGAAGGGCUGUUCAUGUGUUUACUAAAAGGCUGUCAAAACACGUUUGAAUUAAAACAGAACUAUACUCGACAUCAACUGGUAGUACAUCCCGACGCCUUUCCCCACAAACCAUGGAUUCAAUGCUCGCAUACGGGCUGUCAGUUUAGGACUAAACACACGGGAACUAUGACUCAACACUCGCACAAACAUACGAAGCCAUUCGUGUGCACCCGAUGUGGACAGACAUUCACCAGUAAUAUAGCCCUUAGGCUGCACUCAAUGAGAAAUAAUUGUCACCCGAUAUCACAAACCAAUGAAAGGACGGUUGAGUCUCAAGACGUGAACACAAAUGAAGAGUCGAAUGCAGACCAAGAAGUGGUCUUAAAAUCGGGCGGACAUCGAGAUAACGGUUCCAAUGAUACGAUAAUGUGUGACAAACCCAAAGUCAUUCAAACAACUGAUGGACUGUUCGCGUGUUCACUAAAUGGCUGUCAAAACACGUUUGAAUUCAAACAAAACCUAACCCGACAUCAUCUGGUGGUACAUCCCGACGCCUUUCCGGACAUACCGUGGAUUGAAUGCCAGUAUACGGGCUGUGAGUAUAGGACUAAACACAAGCAUACUAUGAGACAACACGAGUACAAACAUACGAAGCCAUUCAAGUGCUCCCGAUGUGGACAGGGAUUCAAGAGUAAUAGGGCUCUUGAGGUUCACUCCAAGAAACAACACAACAAACAGUUGGUGAGAGUCCGCACCAGAGGGUCCGGUUGUGGCAACACUUCUGUCAAUAAAAGUCGUCUCAAAUCACAGACCAAUAGACAGACUGUUGGGACACAAGUGAUGAACACAAAUGCAGACCAAGAAGUGGUCAUCAAAUCAGAAGACAUUCAACUAAUUGAAGAGCUGUUCGUGUGUUCACUAAAUGGCUGUGAAUUCAGUUGUCGACGAAAGCCUGACAUCAAUCGACACCAACUGGUCGUACAUCCGGACGCCUUUCCCCACAAACCAUGGCUUAAAUGCCCGCAAAAGGGUUGUCAGUACAGGACUAAACACAAGGGAACUCUGACUCAACACUCGUAUAGACAUACGACACCAUUCAAGUGCACCCAAUGUGGACAGACAUUCCCCACAAAUUUUGCGCUCAAACACCACUUCCAGAGGAAUCAUAACAAAGAGUUAGUGAUAGCCCGCACCCAACGAUCCACUUGUGGCAAAUCAACUGUCAAUAAAAGUCGUCUUAAAUCACAGCCCAAUAGACAGACUGUUGGGACACAAGACGUGAACACAAAUGAAGAGUCGUUUGGAGACCAAGAAGUGGUCAUUAAAUCAGAAGACAUACAAUCAAUAGAAGAGCUGUUCGUGUGUUCACUAAAUGGCUGUGAAUUCAGUAAUCGACGAAAGCCUGACUUCAAUCGACACCAACUGGUCGUACAUCCGGACGCCUUUCCCCACAAACCAUGGCUUAAAUGCCCGCAAAAGGGUUGUCAGUACAGGACUAAACACAAGGGAACUCUGACUCAACACUCGUAUAGACAUACGACACCAUUCAAGUGCACCCAAUGUGGACAGACAUUCCCCACAAAUUUUGCGCUCAAACACCACUUCCAGAGGAAUCAUAACAAAGAGUUAGUGAUAGCCCGCACCCAACGAUCCACUUGUGGCAAAUCAACUGUCAAUAAAAGUCGUCUUAAAUCACAGCCCAAUAGACAGACUGUUGGGACACAAGACGUGAACACAAAUGAAGAGUCGUUUGGAGACCAAGAAGUGGUCAUUAAAUCAGAAGACAUACAAUCAAUAGAAGAGCUGUUCGUGUGUUCACUAAAUGGCUGUGAAUUCAGUAAUCGACGAAAGCCUGACUUCAAUCGACACCAACUGGUCGUACAUCCGGACGCCUUUCCCCACAAACCAUGGCUUAAAUGCCCGCAAAAGGGUUGUCAGUACAGGACUAAACACAAGGGAACUCUAACUCAUGACGAAAGCCUGACUUCAAUCGACACCAACUGGUCGUACAUCCGGACGCCUUUCCCCACAAACCAUGGCUUAAAUGCCCGCAAAAGGGUUGUCAUUAUCCACAAGAAAAUUAACGGUCGGUUUGUUUGCGAUUAUAUCGGUUGCGGUAAGAGUUUUACAAAGUUGUCGAAACUAAACAGACAUAAAUACACCCACUCUGCGAAGAGCUUCCGGUGCGAUGUGGACGGGUGUACAGCAAAGUACUCAUCGCCCAUAUAUCUAAGAGAUCAUAAAAAGCGAAAACAUAGCACUAAAUACCGGUGCGAUUGGGAGGGGUGUGACUUUAAAACUGGCGAUAAAUACACCUUUAAUAAACACCAAUUGAUUGCGCAUUCAGGGGAACGUCCGUUUACGUGUCCGGUCGAGGAAUGCCUGAAAACGUUUAAAGAUAAAUACACUAUGAAUGACCAUAAGCUGAUACAACAUCCCGACUCUGUGCCGGAAGUGCCGUGGAUUCAGUGCACACACACUGACUGCCAGUUUAGGACCAAAUCCAAGUGGUCUUUAAAGGCGCACGUGAGACAACACUCGAAACACUACCGGUGCGAUGAGUGCGGCAAAUGGUUCACACAUUUAUCUCAACUCAAGGGACAUGUGCCCACACAUAGCGAUGUCCUUAAUUACCGGUGCGAUUGGCCCGGUUUUUUGUUUUGUUUUGUUUAUUGA